AUGACAAGGGUGAACUCCCAAAGUCCCGGAACAGGUCCUCCCAGCAAGGUCGGAGAGACGCGAAUCCAGGCCCAGAUCAAAGCCGAAUUCACCAAGGAGAUCCUGCGACUGGGUGCGCUGUGCGAGUCCAGAACCAAGGAGCUCACCAUGCUCAAGUUGCAGCUCAGGCAUGCCUCGGCCGGAUUCGCCUCUUUCGCUGUUGUCGUCCAACACCUACAUGCGCAGGUGUUGCAGAACAACUCGUUUCGUAUUCCAAAGCUGUCUGAGGAAUCGUGGAAAUCGCAAGACGAGAUUGAGAAGGCUCGCAUUGCUAUUGAGGUGUACAAAAACAAGAUAGAGGAGCUCAAGCAGAGCCAUGAAAAGAAAAUAAACUCAUUAAGAAAAGAGUUGGAAGCGUCACACAAAAAGAGGACGAAAGAGUUGAAGGAAGCCCACCAGAAUGAACUGACUGGGUACUUGGAGGCUCACACACGGAAGCUUGAAAAAAUGAAGGCCUUUUACGCGGAUGCACUCGAUAACAGUCGCAAAAACAGUAAUGAAACCUUGGACGCUAUGAAACAGAGGCAAAGAGAAAACAUUGAUGCGAUCAAUGAGGAGUAUUCAUUGCAAACGGACUCCAUCAAUGAGGACCACCAAGCACGGCAAAAAGAACUUCAGCAGAGGUACGAAGCCCUUCAACAACAAUACAAGCAAUUGCAGCAACAGGCCAGGGAGUUCCAGGAGUCCGUACUCUCAGACACAGACGCCAAGAUCCAGUGGCUUUCUAAGAAAAAUGCAGACCUACAGAAGCAAGUGGAAAGCUUGAAUGUUGUUCUUGAGAUGCGUGCCAAUCAGAUGCAGAACUUGCAACAUGCCAAGUUAGAACUGGAACAAAAGAAGGAAGAAUUAGACCGGUGCAAAGUAAAAAUGCAGAAGAUGGGGGCACGCAUUGAAGACCUUCAGGAACUGCUCAAUGAGCAGUUUUGUGGAACAGAAGAGGAACAAUAG